GCCGAAGACAAACGACCGACAAGACAUCUGUUCGCUUCCAUCAGCAUCAUCACCACAAGUAAUCAGCAGCGACAGCACACCAGCGCAAAAGCACACGACGAGCGCCGCACCGACGUCCUCGAACACAGCCUAAUCCCCCACCUCCCUACCCCACACCCCACGUUCCUCGUUCUUCAAAAUGUCGCACGCCGACCACACCCGUGACCCAUGCCCGUACGUCAUCCUCAACGACUUUGGCGGAGCGUUCGCCAUGGGCGCUAUCGGUGGUGGUAUCUGGCACGGUAUCAAGGGUGCACGGAAUAGCCCGAGGGGCGAGCGCCUCGUCGGCUCCCUCUCGGCCAUCAAGGCCCGCGCCCCCGUCCUCGGCGGCAACUUUGGUAUCUGGGGUGGUCUCUUCUCGACGUUUGACUGCGCCGUCAAGGGAUACAGGCAGAAGGAGGACCCGUGGAACGCUAUUAUCUCGGGUUUCAUGACUGGUGGUACUCUGGCCUUCCGUGCCGGCCCCAGGGCAGCGCUCGGCGGUGCCAUCGGCUGUGGUAUCCUUCUCGGUGUCUUCGAGGGCGUCGGUGUCCUCAUGAGCCGCGUGUUCGCGCAGCCCGUCCCCGCCAUGCAAUUACCCGAGCAGGCCGGACCCGCACCCGCCGUCGCCUAAGUGGCAGAUAUCCGCCCGCCCCACUCACUCACUUGGCGUCCACCUACCUACACGCCAGCCAGCCGGCGCUUGUACACUGCCAACCCACUUGUACCCCGCCCGUCGUCGUCAUAUACACUUCUCUGCAUGCAUUCCCGUUGGUGCUG